CGGCCGUCACGUGACGCGGCGACGCGGGGCUGUCCAAGAUGGCGCGCGGCCUGUGGGCUCUGAGGAGAAGGAAGAGGCGCGUUCACCUGUAGCCCGGAGCCGAGGCAGGGCGCAAGGCUCUUUCUUUGGGCCCCGCCUUGGGAGGCCUCCUCCUCCUCCGCCUCCUUUUUUUUUUUUUUUUCCCCCCUUUUCGGCCGCCUUCUCCGGAGACUCUGCGGGGCGGCUUUUCCAUGUGAGUCCCGCGAAGGUGGGGGGUGAUGGUGUGGCCGGACGGCGGCGGCGGCGGUUCCUAAAAGCGGCGUUGGCGGCGUCCCCCUCGGUUCUCGAGCGAUGGCUCUGCGGGAGCUGAAAGUUUGCCUCCUUGGGGACACAGGCGUGGGCAAAUCAAGCAUUGUAUGGCGCUUUGUAGAGGACAGCUUCGAUCCAAACAUCAAUCCAACAAUUGGAGCAUCUUUCAUGACCAAGACAGUACAGUAUCAGAAUGAAUUACAUAAAUUCCUAAUAUGGGAUACAGCAGGACAAGAACGAUUUCGUGCUCUGGCACCAAUGUAUUAUCGAGGGUCUGCAGCAGCUAUUAUAGUCUAUGAUAUUACAAAAGAGGAAACAUUUUCAACAUUAAAAAACUGGGUAAAAGAACUUCGCCAGCAUGGACCACCCAAUAUUGUUGUAGCAAUUGCUGGAAAUAAGUGUGAUCUUAAUGAUGUAAGAGAAGUUAUCGAAAAAGAUGCUAAAGACUAUGCAGAUUCCAUCCAUGCAAUAUUUGUAGAGACUAGUGCAAAAAAUGCAAUAAACAUAAAUGAACUGUUUAUAGAAAUAAGUCGUAGAAUUCCAUCCACCGAUGCCAACCCUCCAUCUAUUGGUAAGGGUUUCAAACUUAGAAGACAGCCUUCUGUGACAAAACGCAGCUGUUGUUGAUAUUGAGACCCAACAAGCUAGCUUUUAUAAAGUAUUUGGCCUUAAACAUUAAGGGUUUAUUUUGAGUAUCUAUUACUGAUACUGGAUUCUGAUCUGCCUGAAAUUCAAAGACCCCAACAUGGACCAUUUCUGGCAUUCUUACAUACAUUCUGUGGAGAUUUUGCUGUCAAGACUGUUCCCACAUGUGCAGUGUACAGACUAAUCUCUUACAGUCAAAGGGAAUUGCCUUUCAUUCUGCUUUAAUCUUUGAAGAGGAGAAUCCAAUGUACAGAUUAUAAGCCUUGAUAUUUCAUAGUUUUGUAGAAAAACAUUGCCAUGCUUUUGUAAUUGGGGAAGUGAAACUAGCACUUUUUAUGGAUUUUGGAGGGAGUGGGUUAGAGAAUAUGGAAAAGAAAGGUUUGGCUUGAUGUUAGUGCCAUUCUACACUCCUCCUUGCUGUUAUUAUAAGCCUUAAUGUUUGCAUUGUUGCUUCUUGAAAGACUAGAAAGAACAGAUGAUUGAUGUGGCUACCAGAAUAAUGAUACUGAUAAGAGUGACCAAAUCAGCCCAUUCAGUACCCAAUCUUAACUUGCACUUUUUAUUUUCUGAUAUUAUUAUAGAAAUAUAAAUAAGAACUUUGCUUUUAAGCAAAACAAAAAACAAAAAAGGAAAGUGUAGCCUUAGACAAUCUUAGCUUGUUAUAUUUAAUUAUUUUAUAAUUCAAUAGAUGUAGACUCUUCUUAAUAACUUCCAGUUAAGAUACUAGUAAGAAGCUUAGAUGAAAUAGAUGAAAAUAAUUUGACCACAACUGACAGGUAUCAGUUGCUGUCAGUAGCCUUAGAGCAAGCAUGUUAGGUGGGAAAUGUUUCUAAUUGCUUAGCAUAAACCAUUUUAUACUUAUUUAUGAAACCAGUGUCUGAAGUAAUAUAAAUUAUGAAAGUGCCAUUGCUAAAGGUAGGAUUCUUGUUUAUUUCUCUCUCUCAUCCAUGAGGUGGAUUGUGAAAGAAGGUCCUACAAACAAUUGCCGGGAAUUCCAGCCUGAGCAAUGAGCCUUAAAUCAGUUGGCGUCCUCUAGAAUAGCACUGGGAAAGAUUUCCCUCACUAUCCAGUAGAGGUUGCUGCUAGAGUACUUUGAGGCUUCCUUUGGGAACAAAUCACCGAAUAAUCUAGAAAUGGCAUUCAGAGCUAACUGUCUGGGACAGUGUCGAGUUGAACUCAUCCUCUUUUAAACAGGUUAUUUCUUUAGUUGUGCUUUCCAUUUAUUUUAAACUAUAAAUUAAUCUUGCCCCAUCAUAUGAUUUCUUACCAUUUAUUUUGUUGCUAAUAGAGCAAACAUACCCCAUGUUUUUUUCUUUUUAAAACAUAGGCAGAUAAAUUCAUAGUGCGUAAAAGAAGCUAUCAGGCUUUGAUAUUUCCUAUUUGGUGGAACAUGUCUGGUGGCUUGCUCUUAAUUCACCACUUAAAAGGGAAUUUCAAGGGUUACGUUGGAAAUAGACAGUUUAUACUUUUUUAUUCUAUACCAUAUAAUUCAGCAUUACUCUUGGGAGAAUUAUUAUAGUUAACCAAUGCAAUUGGAAGCAUUGAGUCAAGAUAUUUAAGCCCAUGUGAAUUUGUCUAAGAAUUCAAAAUUCUAAUUUUGUAGUAUGUUGUAUGCUUUAUCAGAAGUUUCUCUGAAAAGAAAAAGCCAAUUAUGGAGUAUUUGGCAUUCUCGCUAACCAAACUAUGAAUCUGUAUAUUAAUAGUGAAAUGUAUUGUUCAUUCCAUAUCUUGACUUGUCUAUGUCAUUAGUUCUGAAUUUUACUUUCAAGAAUCAGCUUGAGGACAUGUAUGUCACCUAAUCCAAAGAGCCAUAUACUGGCAAUAAUUAUUGAGAAUUGAAGCUUGGAGAGGUUGGCAUUACAAGUCAAUCCAAUAGCUUUGACUCUUCACUGUUUUAUCAAGGAUAUAAUGUUUGUCCGGCAACAUAUGUGGAACUGAAUGUGUGAAAGAAAGAAUGUCAUGGAUGUACUUACUGGGGUGUUUUCAAGGCAGUUUGCUCAGUACUUUAAACUGAAGUCAAAUAAGGAUUUUUUUCCCCAAGUCUUUUAUUAGGCUUCAGCAAGAAUCUAGCAGUCAGUUCCUUCUAGCAUUGUACCACACCUGAGAAACUCCCAUGAAAACUCUGUGCUGCUUUGAAAUUUGGCAAGGAACUACCAUGGGGUUGAGGAAAGCAAAAAUCUCUGGUAAACACAUUUAGGACCUUUAGUGCUUAAAACAACUUUUUAGAUUUAACCUCAUGUUAGUUAACACCCCCCCCCCCUUUUAAUGAAUUGGAGAUAAUUAGGCUGCUUCUGUACCUACAUUUUAAUAGAAACAGACUGCACUGAUGAUGUUACCUAGUUCGGGUAAGCAAUAUCUGCAAGAAAACAACCAAGCUCAGAGAGCACCAAGAACCACCCCCACCCCCAUUUCAACCAUGAACUACAAAUAUUCUCCUCUUAUCAGAUAAAUCAUUGUCCUCCAGGGCAGCCUUGUAUAGAUAUAAUAUUGGAAUGCCAGUGGUUAUAUGUUUAUCCAAACUGUUAUCAAAACUUCUUCACAUGGUUGUUUUAUAAUCACUUCUUAUAAUCACAAGAAACUAUUCCGUUUCUUGAUGAUACUUUACUGGUUAGUCUAAAUAAGUCUUUAAAAUAGUUAAUGCCACAGAUAAAGAGAGGUCAAGCACAAAGCUUAUUUUGGAGAAUAUUACUCACGUCUGGAGCAGCCAACUUUAUCUCUGCAUGAUAGUAGCACCUUUCCGCUAUUUAAGGCUUUCAUCAUUCACUUAUGCCAUUGUGAUAUUACUUUCUUACAAUUACCUAUAAUUAGAGGGUUUCUUUUUAUUUCACCUUCUCUGUAAACAGAAUAUUUUAACAGAUCACCAGUUGCAUCUUUUGAAGCUACUGCUAUAGGUAGUCCUCGACUAAUGACCACAAUUGGGGCUGGAAUUUCUGUUGCUAAGUAAGGUGGUUGCCAUGGUUGGUAAGUAAAUCAGAUGGUCAUUAUCGAAUUCAGUUCCCCCCAUUAACUUUGCUUGUUGGAAGCUGGCUAAGAAGGUGGCAAAUGGUGAUCAAAUGACCCCAGGACACUGUAACUGUUCUAAAUACAUGCCAGUUGACAAGUGCCUGCAUUUUGAUCAUGUGACCAUGGGGGAUGCUGCAAUGGCUGUAAAUUGAAGACUGGUCACAAGUCACCUUUUUCCACUGCCAUUGUAACUUUGAACAGUGGCUAAACAAAUAGUUGUAGGUUGAGGGCUACCUUUAGUGUUACCUUGUGUUAACAUGUGGCUCUGCAGAGUGACAUUUCAAGCAUAAGCUAUGGCCUUGGCUGUAUUCCAGAAAAUUCCCAAGUCAUUGAGUUCACUGCCAGCGGGUUAGCCUGCCUUAAAAGUUCCCUGGAUGUACAGUACUUAAUCAGAUAUUUGUAUUGAGAUAAUUUAAAUCUAAAUCCCUACUCAUUACUGGAGAAUGGGGGUUAUUUACAGUACCUCAGUGCUAUCUGCUUAUUGCUAUGCAAAUUAAUAUGAAUUUUGAGCUUCAGCAUCCCUUGUAUUAUGUGAGUUAUUUGUAAAGAAAAAAAAAUCUACCCACCAAUCUUGCAUUGAUCCUAGAUCCCAUUCAUAGGGCUUUUCUGGAAGGCGGGAGGAGAGACCUGGUGUAUAUAACCUUUAUGUUAUAGCACCUACAAAAAAGUCGAGAGUAUGUCCUCUUUUGUUUUCUAUAUGUUGCAAUGUAUUAGUUUCAUGUAACAGCACAAAUCUUGUAAGAAUUAAUAGAAAGGCAUCUGGUAAGAAGAUACUGCUCUUGUCAUUCAGCAUCAUGCUUAUUCCAAUAUAAAUUAAAACAAAGCUGAAGAUAAGAUUUCAAUUACUUGGGAGAUAGUGAGCACAUAAAUCCAUGUGAAAUCUCAUACAGGCGAAUAACCUGCAAUAAACAGCCUGCUUGUCACCUUCUCAAAGAAACAAUUCAUUGGGACUUUCUCCCUGUAAAUGCACAUAGGAUUAUGGCUUUGAUAUGCAUAUACUUUAAAUAGCAACCCUAAAGACUUCUCCCAAUAUCAGGUAUCAUUCCACCUUUCCUAUAAAUUAUGGUUUGGACACUGCAGUAAAAUUUAGGUCAUUUAUGUAGGGAACUUACUUUUGGUGGCAUAUCUAAGAUAUAUUAGUCACCAUGCAUACAUUUUAAAAACAUGGCUUUAAUAUGCAAAAUGCAAUAGAUAAAGAAAAAAUGUAUUUAUCUUGCUUUAAAUAGUGAUUGAAAAGAUAAUGCAGAUAACUACUGAAAAUAACCUUUUGGUAGUGUCAGAUCUCUGUUGCUACAGUCAGGACUAAAAGAGGUAAAUACGUUUCUCUGACUGGAGACAUUAAUUAGGGGAAGGGCAGAGUUACUUUUGAAAGCAUAUCCAAAAUUAUCUCAAAACACACUCCUCAAAGUUCCAAUGGGAGCUUGAGUCUGUCAGAAAUAUUCCAAGGUCCAUUUGUCAAGAUUUAGCUUUCAGAUUAAUAAACAUACACAUACCUUUCAGGUUGCCCAAUGGAAUUUAAUUGAACCUACAUGUUAUUAUUCUAUAUUCAGAAGUAUGAGUUCAAAGAGUUCUUUCAAGUCUAGUAGCACUGCAAUAUAGAGGAUUACCAGAGGUGGGCGGGACAUGAAUUAACAACUGGUUUGCCCAGCACCAAAAAUGUGAGCACAUGCGCUUUGCUCAGGCAUGUGGCUUGCAUGCAUGCACACGUCUUAAAAAAUGUAGCUAAAUAGGAUGGCAUACCACCUGGUCGGGGAGGCAGGCCCACCCGUAGGCUGCAACUACCAGUUCGUCCGAAAUGGCAGCAGCCCACCACUGACGAUGCAAAUAAUAUUACUAGUCACUCAGAAGGAAACAUUUCUGGCAAAUUAUUUUUCGCUUGCUUCUUAAAUAUGUAGGACCUGCUGACAGUCUUUAGGCCUCAGCUGACCUUGCUGUAGUGAUUCCCUUUACUGUUCCAACCUGAAAGCAACAGGAAAUAUACUGCAGGAAAUGAUAGAAGUUAAAUUAAGGGAAAAAACUGUUUGGUCAGUCACUGAAGAUAGGUGAGCCAAAUACGGAAAAGCAUUCUGUUUCGUCUUACUUUGUGAUCAACAUCUACUGUAUCUCCUGCUUAGGCUUUUAAAGCAAAGAAGGUGAAAUGUGUCUUAGCAUUUUCUCAUCUCUUUACUCUGUUGGUCUUUCUUCAUCGUUACACUAAUUUCUGGAAUUAACAAAGCUGGCCUGCUAUGCCUUUGCUACUGUAAGAGUAUUUCCUGCAGUGAUUGGAGGAAAGAGAACUCUUGCUAUGAAUAGCAGAAUUAUUUAGUUUAGGUCACAAUGGGGUGUGCCUCGCUUCAACUGGAAUCUAGUGUAUCAUAUUGAUUGCCCUGCAUUUCAAUGGAUGUUUUUGGAAUGUCCUUUUUCUGUACUGUGUUUGCUGAACAGGAUAGGUUUUAUUUUUAGUAGCUUGGAUCAGCAAAUCUUCCUCUGGAUGAUCUUGGGGGAAUUCUAAUUUACAGCAGGCAUGCAGCCAUUUGAACUGCCUAACCCACCACUCCUCAUCUAUGGUUUCACUUUAUAAAUAGCUGCAAGAAGGACUACACACAUUUAGGACAUUUCCCAGUGAAAUUAUAUUUCAAAAGUACCCAGCUUUCAGUAGUCAUUUUGGGUAAAAAUGUUUUUUCCUUGAGCAGAUAUUUUUUGAGGAAUGUCAAGAUUUUAUGAUUAAGGUUUGGGGAUUUUCUAAUAACUCAUUCUUCCAUGACAGACACACAGGCAAGCAUUAAAUAAUUGCCUUCAAUUGAUUUUUCUCCUCCUUUGAACUUAACCAACAGGAUAUUUUCAUUCUGUCUCUUACAUGAGCCAUAUAUAAUUGCAUUCAAUUUCUUGUACCCUGAGAAGCUUGCAUCCAGAAUUAAAUCACUUCAGCAUAUUAAAAAAAAUCAGAACAAAACAUAAUGAUACUCCCAGCUCUUCCUUCCUGUAUAGCAAGAACGCUAUUAUAGACUUGUCAGAAGAAACAAACCUUUCCUUUAAAAAAUUUGUCUUUAAAAUCCUAGGAAGCCUAAAUAACAGUUUACACUGCCUAUUGCCUAGCUUUUAUUAGGGUCUUGGAUGUUAAACCUGAUGCAUUUUGAAUACAAAAUAUAGGUUCUAUAACUGAGCCCCUCAUUCAUGCAAAAUAACAGUAACGCUUUGUAGCCAAAAUUGCAUGUCAUUCUGGAGAGCCACACCAAUCAGAUAAAAUGUUCUUAUAUCAGUAGAUAAAUUCUGUUAAUACAGAAGGUGGGUGAUUUUUGUUACUUUUUGUUUUUCUAUUGCUAAACUAUUGUGCUGAGAUCUCUAGCUAGAGUGGAGGGUGGAAUAAAGAGGGUGGCUAGCUUAAAUUUUCUCUGUUAGGGGAAGCAACAGAGGCCAGACUCCUGGACCUUUUAUUCCCCUUUUCCCUAAAGAAUGCAGUUAGUCUGGCAGAAUUUUUGUAAAUAGCAGAACUACAUUAAAGAAACUUACUUUCUUCUGCUCAUGGAGUUGCUCUGGUUCCGUUUUCAGAUUUUUCUUGUAGUUUCAGUUUAGCCUUUGCUUGCCUUCACUGUGGGGAGCCAUAGGUGUCGGUAACAGACCAUGAUGACAUCAAAGAAACAAUUAUAUAAUUGUGCCAUGCUGCCUGACACAAUACAAGUUGCAUUGUUUGCAUGAUGUCAUAUAUUUUCUUACAUCCCCAUUGUCCCAAGUCCACUCUAUCCCCUGCAGAUAGCUAUGUGGCAAGUUGUUACCUUGGUGCAGCAUUAAAUGUAUUAUCUUACAUUUAAUGGAACUGGUGAAAAGGCUAACCUUCAGAAGCUUUUUAUCUGGCAGAAAUGUUUUAUAAAUAAAGUAUUUAGACAUAAUAGUUUAAUUAUAGUAGCAGUAGCUGAACUCAAAAUGUUACUUUUCUAUAUACUCUGUGGUUGCAACUCAGAAGAAGGUUCUCAGUGCGGUGUUGGACUUCUUUUGCAAGAUUAUAAUAAGCAGUACUGUAGGGUAAGGACUCCAUCCUUUCUUUUUCAAGAGAAAAGAAUACUGUUUGCAUUGAAAAGAAAUGGUUCAUUAAAUUUAAUAGGGAUUACUCGUAUUCACUAAGCCAAUAUUAUUGUCAGGCAUGAUUGCAGCUAUUUACACUAGAAAAAGCCCCGUGUAUAAAUUCAUUAACACAUUUAAUGACACAUCUGGUUUGGCCUUUAAGUCAUUUAUACAGAUCUGAUUUAAUCAAGAUUCACAAUUGCAUCUUGUGGAUCCUGGGAAUUUUUUUGUCUUGGUUCUAGAAGUAAUCUAUAUGGAAGACAAAAGUAGUCAGUGAAUCUUUUUGCCACACCAAUUCUAUUCAGAUCACACGUACUUUUAGCCUGCUAAAUUAUUGUGUAUGUGGAAUCACUGUAGUUAAAAACAAUUAUGGUUGCAAGUGUACACUCCAUUUAUUUAGAUGAUACAGAAUUCAUUUUAGACUUACAGAGACUGAGCAGCACUGUAAUUCAGAAACACCUAUGGCAUUAGCAUUUGUGCUUAUAGUAAAGGAAAAAAAUAUUAAAUAUAUCAUAAAGAGCACUGCUCUUUUUUUCAAUUUAUAAACAGGUCUCUAAGUCCAAUACUUAGUAUCAUCAUCAUUCUUCAUGAGGACUAUAUUUAUUGUGCAGUUUGUGGGGAAAACAGAGGCAGCAACGAUAGGGGGAAAAUAUGAUUGUGGGGAUAUGUCUCUGGAGAUUUUCAAUCAUCCAGGUCAUGGUUGUCUCAAAGAUGCUGUUCAAAAGGCAACUGGAUUUUGUUUUUUUCCCCUUGGAAAUGUUUUGGUUCUCAUUGAGAACUGAAGAAGCUUUUUGAAUGAGAAGCGAAAUGUUUUCAAGGGGAAAAAAACCAAAAUUCAGUUGCCUUUUGAACAUCACCUUAUGGGGAUAUAAGGCUCUUAAUAUAAUAGAAUAAGGGGUAGUUAGUAUGUAUCCACUUAGUAGAAAUCUUCAAAAUGAUCUCCCCAUGGGGACAUGGAUAGACAAUAUGAAAAUGAAAUUCUGCAAAGGUAGAUGUGUCAAAUAAGUACAAAAUGGUGGAUAGAACUGUACAGAAGUCUGUUUUAGAGUGAGAGUUUGGAAAACGUCAUUUAUGGAUGAAAUGGGGUAAAAAGAAGAUUUUUGCCUUAUAAAAGUACACAGAUGAAGACAGGCUCCACAACUUGAGAAGGACUUGAUAUUUUGUUAGAUUUUAUUCAAAUUGCAUUCUCAGGUCUGAGUAGUGCAAUUAAAGAAGCAGAUUGACAAACUGGAAAGGUUGGUUCAAAAGAUAAAAUCUUGGGGAUAAAUCUUUUGGAGGGAAACUGGUUAUGUCUGCUUAGGUAAUAAGUGAUUAAGGAGAAAGGUAUGUUGACAAUUGUAAAACUAAAAAAAGAGGGAAGUUUUGCUAAACCCCUGGAAGUGCAAAGAAAGAGGCAAUGUCAUUUGAAAUUGAUAUUUGACACUCCCUAUUUUCUGCUACAAAAUGAUUAGUCACCCUACUCCAAGAUAUAUAAUAUUUCUAAAUGACAUAUCAGUUCAUCAGUAAAAUGGAUUGUGAAAUAUAGUUUAUAGUUAAGGAAUUGUUUAGAUCAAGUUAGAACAGAUUGUGCCUCUUCAGAUAUUGCAGUGAUUGCAGUCUCCUUUUUUCAGGAGAAGAGUAAAAGAUGUAAUAAUCACAGAAUCAGUGGCCUUCUGAAUGCAUAGCCCUUCUCUUUGGCUUCAGUUGAACCUGAAUUUGCUUCUCCCUAUUCAACCAGUAUAAUAAGCAAGGGCUUCCAUUGCUUCUGCCAUUUGGUCCGGGGUAGAGAUGUAUACAGUAACUGGAUAUCAUCUGCCCUAAUAAUGCUGCCUUAUUACAAAUCAAGGGAUGACUUCUUCCCGUUAUUUCUUAUAGAGAAGAUAGAGUACCGAAGCACUCCCUUAGGGGUACCAAGGGCCUUCCCCUGUGACCCAGGUCUGUUUUAGAAAUGUUCUUGUAGCACGGAUUUGAGUAUAAUUACUCCAAUUCUUGGCUUAAUCUUUUGCUGUGCAGAAAUUAAGUGCAUGGUGUUUUUUUCUGUAUCAUUAAAAGGGAAAAAAAUAUUGCUAUAGAAGUCUUUUUUUUCUUCACCCUAAAAUUGAAAUGUCACAAAUUACUGAACUGUCUUGCUGAAAUUAACAUGUUGUUAGUCCAAGGGUACAAACUUUCCUCUAAAUGUAAACAUCAGUAAAGGGGCUGUGAGAAACAGAAUCUUGGCCUGCUUAACUCUGGAUUAAUUUCAGUGAGGCUUGUAAGGGGUAACAUUGCAGUGGAUUGCACUGAGUGGAGGGGUGUCAGGGAGCUGCUUGUAUUUGCAUGAAAAGAAGCUUGAUAUUGAACUGGUAAAACAUUGACCGUGAUUUGCCAAGCAUAGGGAAGGCUGAAGAGUUGAGUGUGUGUGAGUGUGUGUAUACGUGUGCAUGUGUUCUUAGGCUGGUCCUAAGACUAUGUGAAAGGAUGAUGAAGUAAGGUAGAGAAUUCCUAAUUUCUAAUAUCUUGGCAUUGGAAGGGUGGGGGUUUUGUUUUGGUCAUUCCUUCUCAUAGUUAUAGUUUUGUGAGGGAACAUUGAUUUUAACAUAUUAAAAAGCCUUGUGUCAGCUUAAAAAAUGUACUCUUAUAGUAUAACAGUACCCUAACUCACAAGCUGGAUGUAUUGUGCAAGAUAAAAGUUGUAAAUUAUUUAAUAAAAAUGUUUGUAACACA